AUGCCGUUACCUUAUUAGUUAAACAUAGCGGGACGUUUCAACGUCAGUACACAUUGGUCGGUUGAAUAUAACGGCACGAUUUCACGAUAUAACACAAGGCUGGGUCGGUGGCGUCUAUAUAAGCCGAGACCACCCUGUUUCGCACCUCAUAACCUCUGUCUUCUCUCUCGCGCGCUCUCCUCUCGGCUCUCCUUUUGCUCUCUUGGCGAUCUCGUCUUUCUGCGAAGGUCGGAGCUGCUCUCCGACGAAAGGAGAAAGCUUCGAGCGAUCGUCGGCUGGGAGUGAGCGUCCUCUCCUCCGAUUUAGGGGAGAAUUUAGAUUCUUGUCGCGUGUGGAGUACGACCGCUUCAUCCCGUUCCGAUCGGCGAUGGACAUGGACUUCGCGCGCUGUGCUCUAACCAUGCCUUCCAGACCUCAGCGUGAUGGUUCGAUAGAAUCCCCAUCGAGUGUGGCGUACCAAAAACUUCUUGUUCAAUGUAUUUUGAAGAACAGAUCUCGCAUCUUCGCAUUCAAGAGUGCACCCGAAUCACCGGCCGACAAGGUGUCCCAAUUUGACGAGGACAAUCGACCGCACAAGAAGCAACAGAGGCGAAUCCCAAAAGAUGCAGAUAGGGUUUUGGCUGCUUAUGAUAUCUUAGAUGAUGAUAGGUUGAAUCUACUCGACUGGGGAAGCAAUAACGUGUUGGCGAUUGGCCUCAAUGACAAAGUGUGCCUAUGGAAUGCUGCGAAUAAGUCUAGUACGGAGUUUUCACGAGCCCUAGAAGACAACAGCCCUGUCACUAGCAUCAGCUGGUCCCCAGACGGCAAAGUUCUAGCUGUGGCAUUAGGCAAUUCAGAUUUACAUCUGGUUGAUGCAGCAACAAGACGUGUGUUGGUUGGGAUCCAAGGUGACAGCCACUCCUUUGUUUGUUCACUUGCGUGGAGAAGUAAUGCAAUCUUGACGACUGGGAGAUCCGAUGGUAGUAUUGUUGAUUAUGACAUUAGAAAAGAUGACCGGGCCAUCUGUGACUAUAGAGGGCAUCGACUAGAAGUUUGUAGUCUUAAAUGAUCCGAGUUGUUUGGGCAGUAUCUGGCAAGUGGAGGGAAGGACAAACUUGUGCACAUAUGGGACACCCGCAUGGCUGUUGCAAAUCACCAUCCGCGCCAACAUCAAUUGCUUCACAAGAUCAGCAACCACACUUCCACUGUGAGGGCCCUUGAUUGGUGCCCUACCAGGAGCAAUCUGCUGGCUUCUGGUGGAGGACGCAAUGAUCAUUGCAUUAAGUUUUGGAAUGCUGUUAAUGGUGUUUGCUUGAACUCGAUUGAUACCGGCUCUGAAGUUUGUGCGUUGUUGUGGGACAAGAACAAAUCUGAGUUGCUGACCUCCCAUGGGUUUCCAAACAAUCAACUCACCCUGUGGAAUUACAUAUCCAUGACGAGAAAAGCUGAGCUUUUUGGUCAUUCAUUUCGUGUUCUUUACUUGGCUGGGAACCCAUUGGGAGGUGUAGUAGCUUCUGCAGCAGAAGAUAAGACACUCAAGUUCUGGAAUGUCUUUGAGACUCCCAAACCACCAAAACCUAAAGCAAACACUGUGCCCUUUGCCCAAUUUAAUGUCAUAAGAUGAAAAUGCUGAUGGUUGGAAAAGACUACGAGAGUAAUACGGAAAACUUCUUUAGUGCUUGACAAGAAGAUCCAUUGUUGAUAGCGUUGCAUAGAGCAGUUUGUGGCAUCAAAGAGGCAACAUAUUUUCAUACAAGCAUCAUACAUUUAAGAUCUUCAGAUACGAGUGCAAGUGCCUAAGUUAAGUAAGACAUUUACAAUCAUACUUUAAUUUUUACAGCAUUUUAAUAGGUUUAUUAUACAACAAACCAAUGUGGUUGCAACUGCAAGUUUGAUUUUGGUAUCCAAUUUUUCUUUCAGCUUUGCAUAUAUCUUGGUAUAACCUUUACCAUAUUAAUGACACAUGCAAUCUAUAAGCACUACAUUAUUGUUGCUAUAUUUUAUGUGUUCUAGUUUUAAUAUUUUUAUCCAUGUUGCAUUAUUGUUGUGUGUUUUUAGGUGAUUUGUUAAUUCUUCCUUCUUUAAAUUUGAGAAUCUUCAUGUUGACUUCUCAAGUACUAGAUAAAAAUGCUGAUGGUUGGAAAAGAUUAUGAUAAUAAUACAGAAGACUUCUCUAGUGCUUAAGAAGAAAAUCCAUUGUUGGUAACAUUGCAUAGAGAAGUUUGUGGCAUCAAAGAGGCAACAUAUUUUUAUACAAGCAUUAUAUAUUUGUGAUCUUUAGAUAUGAGUGCAAGUGCCUAAGAUGAAAAAUUUAGAACCAUGCUUUAAUUUUUACAGCAUUUUAGGUCUAUUUACAAUGAGUCUAUGUGGAUGCAACUGCAAGUCUGAUUUUUGUAUCCAAUUUUUCUUUCAGCUUUGCACAUAUAUUUGCUAUAACCUUUGCCAUAUUGAUGAUACAUGCAAUCUAUAAUCACUACAUCAUUGUUGCUAUAUUUUAUGUGUCCUAGUUUUAAUAUUUUUAACCAUGUUACAUUUUACUGUUAUAGUUCUGUCUUUUUAUAUAAAUUGUUUCUUUUCCUUCUUUAAAUUUGAGAAUCUUCAUGUUGAUCUUAUUCUUUGUUUGUUUAUGCUAAUUAUGCAUAAUUAGACCAAUGAGGUAGCUGUUUAUAUAUUUUUUUUGUUUCUGCUGAGUUGAGGUUUCUUAUGAUUUUAAUGUAGCCUCCAGAAUUUUAGACUUUUCUUGCUGUUGAAAAAAUAGGUUAUAAAAUGUAUAAUUUUGAAUCUUAAAUGGUUUCAAUAUUUUACUAUAUAGUGAAUAACCUCCAAGUAAGAUAUAAGUUCAAGAGUGAAAUCCAAGCUUAAAAUAUUUUAAUUUUAAUAGGAUGUGUCAUAAUUUCUGUAGAAUGCAGUCAUCAGACCUAUAAGAACUGCAAACCAAAUUGAAUAUUUAAUAGUAAAGAGAUAUCAAACAAAUAAUUUUAUGUGUUUGUUAAAGAUGAGGCAUUAUGAUUCUGUUUAUUACGUUUUUUUUUCUAUGAUAUAAACAUAGGCUCAUGGCGUCCAUUAAUAGAUUGUCUUCUGCUAGUCUCAAGAUAGAGCCUGACAAAUGGAGUCAAAUAGGAUAUUACGCAAGUUCUAAAUUAUGAAAAUUAGCUUACUAUACCAACAGUUAACAAAUGCUUGAUUAUAGUGAUAGUGUCAUUCUGGUCCUUCUAGAUUAUAGUAAUUAAAAGAUCUUCAUUGAGUUUGAAGGUUCUAAUUUGUGAUUAUUUCGGUCUGCAGGAUUUUUCUUGCUGAUUAGCUGUUGCAUUGUAGCAGACUAGUAGCAAUCUUCAUGAGAUUGUUAGAGAAGCUUGCUAAGUUUCAUACAAAUGCUCACCAACUAAUGACAUGGUUAUUGUUUCAGUAUUUUGAAUUAUGCUGUUGUAGUCAUCUAUCACGAGUUUCAGCAUCCACGUGCUAUAGUUUGAAUCUGCUACUUGUGAGUAUAAAACUGACCUCUGAAUUGGUAUUUCUUCAUGCCACCUUCCCUAUUUAUUUAAGGAGAAUAAGCUUUCAGCCGCUGUUGUGAUUAUUGAUUUUAAUUCCUAAUAUCAUAUAUGUAAAAGGUUUAAAUUGAGAUGAUAAUUCCAGUUGAAACAUUUAAGUGAUUGUUUUUUUGAGUCAUUUAAUUGACAUGCUUAUUUUGGCCCAGUUGUGUGGUUUUGACCAUUCUAGUUAGUUUGGCUUGAAGAUUUUCAACCUAAAGAAGCUAAUCUCAGAUCUGAAAUCAAAAGUGGCUUCAGGUCCAGUAUUUCCUGUUUAAUUGAGCUCAAAUUGGUGCAUUAGUAAACUCCACAGUUCUUCCUAUCUGUCAUGUCUUUAUUGAUUAGGAAUUUUGCUACAUAGUUUACUUAAUGCUAACCAGAUUCAGUUUUUCUUUUAUAUCAAAUUUUGUGUUGUUCAUGAGUUGAUAUGCAACAUGAUGUGUACUUCUUUUGGUCAAAUUGGUAAUCAUAUCAGUGCAGGCCCCAUUUGUUUUCAGUUUUGUACAAUAGAUUUGCUAAACAUCUUUUGAUUACAAUCACCAUGAUGAUUAAGUAUCACAAAUCAAGCAUUUGUUAACUGUUUUAGAUUUGUGAUGCUUUAGAUUUUCCUAACAUCGCAGAUAAUUUCACCGGCAACAACUUUCUUAUAGACUGUCAUUUGUGAUGCUUUAGUCAUAAGGCUUAUCUUUCUUUUAUUUUAUGAUCAAGGCACAUUCUUUAUUUGUUCAUUAAGGGACAAAGAGAUCCGGAGCAUUGAUGCUUCACUUAUUAGAAUUUGAGAAUCAGGUUUGAGUAUCAUUUUUUGUUGAAGCUAUUAUAUUAGCCCUUUACUAGAGAAUAUCUCUAGUGGUUUUUCAAAUUUGAUUAUUGAAAAUUCUAGUUUUUUACUUGCUCUUCUGGCUUGUCUCUUAAUAUUCUGUAAUCUUGCUUGUGAAUUAUUAACAAUUACUAUACAGGAAUUGUGACUUAUGUUGGUCUUUCUGUUAAGAAAGAAAAAAGAAACAUUAUCUCACUCUUGAAUUGCAUCCUAGAUAUUCUUUUAUCACAGAUCAUUCAUGAAUAAUAUUUUUAGACACAUUUCAAUUUCUUUAGUCUUUGGUUUUUCUCUUUUAUUUGUGUGUUUUUCACUUUGUACUUUUCUGGCAAAAUAUAUUUCAAACUGAUAUUUAGAUCAUUUUGUCAUCAUUUUAAAACUAAAGAAUUUUCAUAUUAAGAAUAUAGGUUUGUCUAGAGGAAGCCUACCUUGUUGGAGUUGAAUGUAAAGGCACUGAAUAUAUAAUCCAUUUGCUGUUGAUGAAUCACUUGAAGAAUUUGCACAAUUAGCUCAUGUUGUUACACUUAUCGAAAGUAUGUUUCUAUUACCCCCAUUGAACAUGAUGCAGCGAAUAGUUCUAUGGUUGCUCUAAGUGUGGAUUUCUAGAGGUCUAGAAUCUAGGAGUAUAUUAUUGCUUUGGCUAUCAUUGAAUGAUGAAAUUCAGAAAAUAUAUCUUUCUAUCAUUAGUAAACUCUACAGAUCUUUCUUUGUUUCAUGUCCAUCCUUUUCUAGCUUUAUUGAAUAGGAAUUUUUCUACAUAAUUUUAUUUGAUGUUAACCAGAUUUAGUUUUUCUUUCAUAUCAAAUUUUGUGUUGUUCAUGCGUUGAUAUACAACGUGAUGUACUUCUUUAUGUCAACUUAGUAAUCAUAUCAGUGCAGGCCUCAUUUGUUUUUAGUUUUGUACAAUAGAUUUACCUAACAUCUUUUGAUUAUAAUCACCAUGAUGAUUAAGUUAGCAAAUUGCUUCAUGGUUCAUGCUACACAAAUAAUUUCACCGGACUGCCAUUUGUGAUGCUUUACUCAUAUGUUGAGGUUUAUCUUUCUUUUAUUUUAUGAUCAAGGCACAUUCUUUAUUUGUUCAUUCAGGGACAAAGAUAUCUAGAGCAAAGAUGCUUCACUUAUAGAAUUUGAGAAUCAGGUUUGAGUAUCUUUUUUUGUUGAAGCUAUUAUAUUACCUUGAUUAGAGAAUAUCUCUAGUGGGUUCUCAAAUUUGAUUAUUGAAAAGUCAUUAGUUAUUUACUUGCUCUUCUGGCUUGCCUCUUAACAUUCUGUAACCUUACUUGUGAAUUAUUGACAAUUACUAUAUAGGAAUUGUGACUUCUGUUAGUCUUUCUAUUAAGAAAGAAAAAAAGACAUUAUCUUACUCUUGAAUUGCAUCCUAGAUAUUCUUUUAUCACAGAUCAUUUAUGAAUAAUAUUUUUAGACACAUUUUAAUUCCUUUAGCCUUUGUUUUUUCUCUUUUAUUUGUGUCUUUUUCAAUUUGCACAUUUCUGGCAAAAUAUAUUACAAACUGAUAUUUAGCUCAUUUUUUCAUCAUUUUAAAAAUAAAGAAUUAUCAUAUUAAGAAUAUAGGUUUGUCAAGAGGAAGCCUACCUUGUUGGAGUUGAAUGUAAAGGCACUGAAUUAUCAACAUCAUCUUUUGCUGUUGAUGAAUCACUUGAAGAAUUUGCAUAAUUAGCUCAUGCUGCUACACUUGCCAAAAGUAUGUUUCUAUUUCCCUCAUUGAUCAUGAUGCAGCAAAUAGUUCUAUGGUUGCUCUAAUUAUGCAUUUUUAGAGGUCUAGAAUCUAGGAGUAUAUUAUUGCUUUGGCUAUGUCAUUGAAUGAUGAAAUUCAGAAAAUAUAUCUUUCUGAGGCAUCUUUCUGACUUGAACUUCAUUCUUUAAUAUUAUAUAGGAAAUAUUUGAUUGAUGUUGCUUAUCUAGUCCUACAUGACAUGUCAUAUUUAGUAAUUUGUGCAUCUCUUUGUAUAUGUCUCCUUCAAUAUUCAUAAAAGUCAUCCAGUGUUGUCAACAACACUAACAGGUGAAGACAUCAUGGGUAGCUAUUGCCACCCAUUGAGAUGUUGUAUGAUUGGUUAUAUUUAUUGGGGUUGUAUAAUGUUGAGUUUUUCAAUGGUUGUGAUUUAAUUUCAAAUAGUCACAAUCGUAGUUGCUUUCUAUCUGACUGAAUAAGCUUUGGUGUUGACGGGUUCUUUGGUUACGUUAAUGUCUCUUGAAGCUAGGGAAUUGGGUUAGAGAAAUUAAAAAAAAAAAUCAGAGAAUCUCUAAAAGUCAAAAAUUAUGAAAGCAAAUGUAAUUUUCAAAUUUUUUUUAUGGCCUUAAAUAGAAAUAUUAAAUGCAAAGCUACCUUUUUUGUGACAUUGGAGUUCUCUCUUGGUGGUUGUUAUUCGUCAUAUUCUUGAGAAGGAUUACUGACCAUAUGACACUCCUAUAAUAUGGGCUAUUUGCUUUCUCCUUUUCAAAAUUUAUAUGGAAUAGUACAACUAAAAUUUAAUGAUAUAUAAACUCUUUUAAAUCUUAAUUUUUUUCUAAUUAAGUGUGUUUGUUCUGGCGAAAUUAGGGAGUAACUUAUCGACCAGAUGACACUCCUAUAAUAUGGGUUGUUCCAUUCUCCUUUCCAAAAUCACUGUGGAAUAGUAUAACCAAAAUUUAAUGAUCUAUAAGCUCUCCUUAACCUUGGGUUUUUACCAAUUGAGUGUGUUUGUUCUGAUGAAAUUAGGGAGUAACUUAUUAAUGGUUUUACUCUAUUCAUUUCUUGGGUAACCACAAUUGCGAUAUGUAGAAUGAAUUUUCUUCGUUGUCAGGUCUUAUGUUGUCUAGUUUGAACUUACAGUAGCGUUUCUAGAGUGUUUGUAAUCAAGAUUUUAGUUAUGCUAACUGAUCCAAAGUUUUGUUUAGGCUUGCUUAUUGAAAUCAAAGGGUUUAUAUUGGCUCUAGAAAGGGUGAUGAAGUCAAGUGUGCAAUCCAAGCCCUUGAUAUUGAAUGUGUAAUUUUAUCAGGAAGAAGUUCUUAUGCAUUUAUGAUAUAAUUAUUUAGUCAUUAAAGCUCUCUAAUGUUGUAUUUUAUAUUGCUUACUAUGCUUUAACUAAAAUGACUUUACUCACAACAAUAUGAACUAAAAUGACAUUACUAAGGGUGAUGAAGGGAGGAGGAAAGAGGAAGAAAAACAGAGGUAGAAGGAGGCUAUGGUGGAAGAGGAGGAAAAGAAGAUGAGAACACUUGGUGGUGGUUGCACAAAGAGCAAAACAGGCUUGUGAGGAGACACAAACCUCAGAAGGAGAACCAGUUCAAGUAAUUUUAAAAGAAAAAAUGAUUUGAUUCGGGUCUUCGAAAAGGGAAAACGGGCCUAGCAUUUUUUUUACAAAAAAGGAAAAAAACCAUACCAUAUAGCCUGAAAUGAGGCAGUCCACGUCUUAAAUCAUGCCCGGACAGUCAUUAUGAAUCAAACUGAUUAAAAUUUAAAUCCAUGAAAAUUGUGUUGUGUCUCGGUUUCUGAUGUAAUGCAUUACUUUCUGAGUUAUGUUCUGCCAUUUGGUAAAAAGUGGGAAAGAUAAGUUAAUUUCUGCCAUUUAAAUACAUUUUAUAAAUGUAUUGAAAUCUAUUUGCUCACCAUUUUAGAGAAAGAGUAAUGCAUAGUUGGUAGAAAAUUUUUGCCAAGAUUUCUUUAAGUCAAGUACAUCUCAACUAAGACCUAUUUUUAUGAUGUUUGAUAAUAUCUAUCAUUUGUUGUCUAUAUCUAAUUAUCUUAAACUUUCAUUCAGAUUUGUCGAUGAUAUUUCUUUAAUGUCGCAAACGAUAGAAAACUUCACAAGCAUGGAUAGUUUUAGUAUCUGAAUAGUGUAAGUUACAAAAACUCCGAUGCAGUAUAUUCAAAUAGUUUCCUUGUCUUUUAAUUGUCUUUUGCAUGGAUUUAAACAGUGUGCUUCCGCUACAGUCCUUCGUCUAUAGAUUGGUUUCAGACCAUAUGGUUCGACGCUAGUUUGUUUUGUUUUUUCUAUUAUCUUUUCAGGUGAUAUCAGGUAUGACCCAAUAUAUUAGUACCAUGCUGGUCUCAUAGAAUAUUGAAACUGAUAUUAGAGUGAGAUUGUAGACCUUGUUGUGUUUAUUUAUUUUAUUUCAGGAGUAAUUCUGAUGCAUCUUUGAUUUGAAUUAACCUUAUUUCAAGUAAUGUAUGGAAUCUUGAUUCUAGAUGAUUGUGUAACUUAGAGAAGGCACUUGGUGGGGAUGUUAGGAUGUAUGAUGGAACUGCUCUCAUUGUCAGUAUCUUCAACCAAAAGGGUGCAAAAUUCAUGAAGCAGCCUUACAAGCAAGUGCCCACUAGGCUUUUUCAAUUUUAGCUAUUUUAGAUUUCAUGAGAACCAAUUUCAUGUCACUAAACAUGCAUUUGUGAUUCAUUUUUAGUUUUUGACUUCCUUGCAUUAGAUGUUAUUGUUGCUUGUUUCAUUAUACCUUAGCAACCUAAAAGUUAGGGAUGCAAUCCUAGAAACACAUUAUAUGUAAUCCAAGUUACAAAUAUUGUAUAUAUUAUUGCAGAA